UUCUUUUGCGCCGAAGGGGUUGCACCCGUAAUGUUUAUAGCAAGCGGCUUAUUACUGCUUCAGUUUAUUUCAUACGCCUUGGGAGUUCCACCCGUAGUCAGAAUUGGCGCUAUAUUUUCAAACCAGCCUGGAAAGUAUAACUCAGAAAUGGCGUUUAGAUACGCCAUUCAUAGGCUUAAUAUGGACAAAAGUCUUUUACCUGAAACUACCGUUGAUUACUAUAUUGAAUAUGUAAACCGAUUUGACUCUUUCGAGACAGUUCAAAAGGUGUGCAAACUUAUACGAGUUGGUGUUCAAGCAAUUUUUAGUCCAACUGACUCUGUUUUGGCGACUCAUAUAAAUUCAAUUUGUGAUGCCCUGGACAUUCCAAGCAUAGGUCGGUCUGCCCAUGACUUUUCUAUUAACGUCUAUCCAUCGCAACAAUAUGUAAAUUAUGCCUUUAAUGACGUUAUACAGUAUUUAAAUUGGACACGCUUUGGAAUCUUGCAUGAAAAAGAAAAUGGAAUUAUAGACUUGCAUCAGCUAUCCCGGUCAUUUAACGGAGAAGUUCAUAUGCGACAAGUUUCCCGACGGUCGUAUUUAUACGCAUUAAAAGAAUUUAAAGGAAAGGAAAUACAUAAUAUUAUAAUUGAUACAAACUCGAACGGUAUUUCCAUUUUGUUAAAAAAUAUAUUACAACAGCAAAUGAAUGAAUACAAGUACCAUUAUUUGUUUACCAGCUUUGACUUGGAAACUUAUGAUUUGGAAGAUUUUAAAUAUAAUUUUGUGAACAUAACAUCAUUUCGAUUGGUUGACACUGGGGAUGUUGGGGUAAAGCAGAUUUUGAAGGAUAUCGCAUUCUAUAGUCACCAUAUGUUUAAAAAACCUUUUUUUAAUCUUCAUGUUAAAAAAUCAACUAUUCUUGAGUCAGAGCCAGCCCUAAUGUUCGAUUCGGUGUACGUGUUCGCGAUAGGAUUGCAGACAUUGGAGCAAUCGCACUCUUUAACCUUUUCAAAUAUAAGCUGCGACGAGGAAAUUCCGUGGAACGGGGGCCUUAGUCUUAUUAACUAUUUAAAUGCGGUUGAAUGGAAAGGUUUGACAGGUCCGAUUCAGUUUAAAGAUGGCCACCGAGUUCAGUUCAAGUUGGACUUAAUUAAAUUAAAGCAACAUUCCAUUAUUAAAGUCGGGGAAUGGACCCCUCAUGGGCAUCUGAAUAUAACAGAACCAUCAAUGUUCUUCGAUGCUGGGUCCAUGAAUGUGACACUUGUAGUGAUAACAAUUCUGGAAACACCAUAUGUAAUGAUGCAUUAUGGCAAGAAUUUUACGGGCAACGAAAGAUUUUAUGGCUUUUGCGUAGAUAUAUUGGAAACCAUUUCUCGGGAAGUUGGGUUUGAUUAUAUACUGGAUCUGGUACCGGAUAGAAAGUAUGGGGCCAAGGACCCCGAAACUGGGAAUUGGAACGGAAUGGUCGCUCAGCUAAUGAAAUAUAAGGCAGACCUGGCCGUUGGAUCUAUGACUAUAACGUAUGCAAGAGAAAGCGUCAUUGAUUUCACUAAACCAUUCAUGAACUUAGGGAUAAGUAUUUUAUUUAAGGUCCCAACAUCAGAGCCAACGAGAUUGUUUUCUUUUAUGAAUCCAUUAGCGAUAGAGAUCUGGUUAUAUGUCCUAAUUGCUUAUUUCCUUGUGUCUAUUUCCAUAUAUAUUGUUGGAAAACUUUCGCCUAUUGAGUGGAAGUUCAUUCAUCCCUGCGAUGUAGACAAUAUUUCUAUUGGCAACCAGUUCUCUCUAACUGACAGUUUUUGGUUUACCAUAGAAACUCUUUUGCAGCAGUCAACUGAUAUUCAUCCACGGGCAAUGUCAACUCGAAUAAUAAGCAGUUCUUGGGGAUUCUUUUCGCUUAUUAUUGUCGCAUCUUACACCGCAAAUCUAGCAGCUUUUUUAACAACGGAGCGUAUGAUUAACCCUAUUGAGAACGCAGAGGAUUUGGCUUCUCAAACUGAGAUAUCUUAUGGGACUCUAGAUAGCGGAUCUACAAUGACAUUUUUUAGGGACUCAAUGAUAGAAACUUACAAAAAAAUUUGGAGAAGCAUGGAUAACAAAAAACCAUCGGCAUUUACCACUACAUAUGAGGAUGGUAUUAAGCGAGUAAAUCAAGGUAAAUAUGCGUUCUUGAUGGAAUCCACAAUGCUCGAUUACAUCGUUCAGCGGGAUUGUAAUUUGACGCAAAUCGGAGGACUUUUAGAUACAAAAGGGUAUGGUAUCGCUACACCAAAAGGAUCGCCUUGGCGCGAUAAAAUUUCAUUGGCUAUACUUGAGCUUCAAGAAAGGGGUGACAUUCAAAUGUUGUAUGAUAAAUGGUGGAAAAAUACUGAGGAAACAUGUACCCGCAAAAACACAAGCAAACAAUCAAAAGCAAAUUCACUUGGUCUGGAGAAUAUAGGCGGCGUAUUUGUGGUGCUAAUAACUGGAAUUAUUGUGGCUGCUAUUGUUGCUUUCUUCGAAUUUUGGUUUAACUUUCGAUACAACUAUAAAGCCACACCAACUCAAUCGGUCUUUGAUAACAAAUCCACCCAAGGUGAAAUUCUCGAAAGCGAAGGGACCUGUUCACAACCUGACCGUUGCUUUUGGAUCGAAAUUUAUGAGGAACUCCGAUAUGCAUCAUGGUGUAUGAACAAGCAAAAGAGGCCUGCACUAAGUCGAACCUGUAGCGAAUGUACGAUUCCAAAAAGUCAUCGAAUUAAUAAACUUUGA